UCGCCUGCCUUCUUCCUUCCAACCCCCUCAACUCCAAACCACCGGCCUCCCAUAAAUCCCACCUGCAGCACACAACCACUCUCUCCCACUGCCCAAGAACCCACACCCACCGGCGGCAAGAGCCAGCCAUGGCGCCGUCGUCGCCGCCACGGCGAGCCGCGCUGCUGCUGCUGUCUCUCCUGCUCCUCUCCGCCGUCGCCCACGCGGCGCGGGAGUCGCCGGCGGUGGCGAGGUCGUCGAGAGGCCACGCGGAGCUCCGGGGCCAGCGCGGAGAGGUGGACGGCGAGGAGGAGAAGGCGGCGGGAUUCACGGCGGCGGACGACGGCGACGGCCCGUGCGGCGGCGGAGGGGGAGGAGGCGAAGCAGCCGAGGAGGGGGAGGAGUGCCUGGUGAGGCGGACGCUGGUGGCGCACACCGACUACAUCUACACCCAGGGAGGAGGCCACAACUAGAGCUAGCUACUCCAAACUCUCGCAGCUGCCUUAUCGGCAGAUUGAGAUAUCGCUGCAACCUUCCAUUCCAUCCAGUGUCGAUGUCGAUCCUGAUCAUGGCCGGGCUCAUGCUGGCUGCAUCAUGACAUCCUUGGGAAAAGGCUGUGUUAGUGAUGAUGAUGAUCUGAUGAGUUUUGCGAGGCCGCUCCGUCGUUGCGCAUGGACAUAAUGUAAACCCUUUUUCUCUGAACUGGUCGUUGUUAAUUCGCUGUCUGGGACAGGAGAUUAUUGUACCCUCGAUCUGCUGACCCUUCACCUCGUUGAGUAAGAACACGGCAAAGGGAUCUUCCUUCCA